CCAGUCGAUCAGCGCUCUUGACUGCGACCUCAGCCCAUAGCCGCGGCCUUGCCCAAUGUUACUCCGCGCUGGUGGCUAACAGAGAUCGUCGGUCAGCACGUGGAGGUACAUAAGAACAUGGCGGAUCCCCUCGACCUCAUCGGUCCAGGCGAGUCCUCGAGCAUAUCGUCUGGCGCUGCAGUCCAACCAUGGCGAACGAGAAGAUUGAGGUGGAGACCAGUGAGGCCAUCCACCAUGCGCCAGACAAUGUUGCUUCCGCCCACAAGAUUGCCAUCUCGCAGGCGCAGGCCGCGACGGAUAAGGAACACAGGAUGACUCUGUUGGAGGGCAUUCGCACCUAUCCCAAAGCAAUCGCCUGGUCGAUGAUCAUUUCGCUCUGCAUCGUGAUGGAAGCGUUCGAUGUUUGUCUUUUACCCAACUUCUACGCUCUGCCACAAUUCCAGCACACGUUCGGCACGCUGCAUCCCGAUGGAAAGACACAGAUCUCGGCGAAGUGGCAGGCCGGCCUGUCCAACGGACAAUCAUGCGGACAGAUCAUCGGCCUGGUCAUCAACGGAUUUGUCACCGAGCGAUUCGGAUACCGCUGGACUGUCAUCGUUUGCAUGGCUCUGGUGGCUGCAUGGACUUCUCUUUACUUUACCGCCACCUCCCUGACUCAACUGCUUGUGGGAUAUAUAUUGAGUGGAAUUCCAUUUGGAAUAUUUCAAACGCUCGUCAUAUCCUACGCAUCCGAGGUGUGCCCGAUCGCUUUGCGAGGAUAUCUGACCACCUGGGUGAACGCCUGCUGGGGAAUCGGCCAGCUACUUGGCGUGGGGAGUGUGAAAGGCGCGAGCCACUGGAACGACCACCGUGCCUUUCGAGUGCCAUAUUCCCUGCAAUGGAUCUGGCCGCUCCCACUCUCGAUAGCCGUCUUCCUCGCCCCCGAGAGCCCGUGGUGGCUAGUGCGCAAGGGCCGGAUCGAGGAUGCGAAGAAGUCGCUACGUCGCUUGACUUCGCUCAAGCGCGAUACAAAUUUCGACCCGGAUGAGACUGUUGCUAUGAUUGCUCAUACCACUGCUCUCGAGCAGCAAAUCACCGCUGGCGCCACGUACGCUGAUUGCUUCCGGGGCACAAAUCUGCGCCGUACAGAAAUCGUGGCAAUGACAUGGGCAAUUCAAAAUCUCUGCGGGAAUUCUUUCGCCGGCUACGCCGCCUACUUCCUCGAACAAGCCGGCCUCUCCUCCAGCAAAGCCCUCGACUUCGUCCUUGGCAAAUCCGCCAUCAAUGUCGUCGGCGUCUUCGGCGCCUGGUUCCUCAUAAGUCUCGGCUUCGGGCGGCGAUCCCUCUACCUCUACGGCCUGUGCGGGCUCUUCUGCAUUCUCAUGAUUCUCGGCUUUCUCGGUCUCGCACCCGAUCGUAGCGCCGCUGCUCUGACGACGGGCGUCAUCAUGCUGCUGUGGGCUUGCUGUUACCAGCUUACGGUGGGCACGGUGUGCUACUCGCUUGUAGGGGAGUUGUCGACGCGGAGGCUGCAGAUCAAGACGGUGGCGCUGGGGCGGGCGAUGUACAUUGUCGUCGCGAUUGUUUGCAACGUAUUGACGCCGUACAUGUUGAAUCCAACGGAAUGGAAUUGGGGGAACUUUGCCGGCUUCUUCUGGGCCGGCGCUGCUUUCUUCUCCGUCAUCUAUGCGUACUUCAGAAUCCCCGAGCCCGCCGGCCGGACAUACGCCGAGUUGGACAUCUUGUUCGAGCGCAAGAUUAGUGCGAGGAAGUUCAGGCAAACAGAAGUGGACGCGUUCGAGGAGACAGUUGAAGGUGGAGCAAUCGAGGAUUACCAGCAGAACAUUGCUGUGGAAAGAGGCGAGAAGAUAUAGAGAGACGGAGACUCAAGAGUCGUCUAUCGCGGCGACAGCCGGACCGCCCUCUCUUACUCUUCAAGUAUUGCUAGAGCAAGU